UAAAUUAUUACUGACCAUAAUUAGACAAAAAAAGAAAAGAAAAAACGAUUUUUAUACUUAUACAAAAAGCAGCAGUAAUUUAGAAUUGCUUCAUUCGCCUUACUGUAAACUACUCGUCAUGAAUUCAAAAAUAAUAUUUAUUUUUGUGGCUUUCUGUUUUGGUUGUUCCUAUUGCCAAUCUACAUAUGAUAUUAUCUCAAAAGUACAGCCAAGCUCUGGUCGUCAACUAUCAUUUUUAAAUACUUGGUAUUGCAGACGCAAGACAUGUCCUAAAUGGAGGUGUCAAGAUGAUUCGGCAAUUAUUCAUGGGCACUGUUGUGGAUGUCCAAAUGCAGUAAGAGAUAACGUUCCAGUAUUAUGUUCUGAGAAUUUGAAAUGUCCACUCAAGAUGAAUAACCUUUGCCAAGACUACAGUUUUAUGAUUACCUGUUGUUGUACUGGACACUGAGACUUAGUUUAGUAUUUUUAUUAACGCAGUUUUUUAUUUGAUCAAUGAAAUGUGUUUAUUAUAUAAUACCUAUGAUAAUUUAUCAACAUAUUUUUUCAUUAACUAUUUCUUUUGGAACACCGUUUCUAAUAUUGUAGGGGUUUAGUGUAUUACCAAUUAGGUCUGUUGACAAUAAUAAAAUGUUGGUCUAAAGAAAUCUAUCGUAUGGCUGUACCAAUCAUCUCAAUUGUACUCUAUAUCUGUUAAAUAACUAAAUGUUUUUAUGAUAUUUAA